AUGCUGUGGGCGAUGGAGUGGAUGAAGGAGCGACAGGAGUUGGUUCUCGUAGAGCAGAGCGAGCGCAAGGCGGUGGAGUUUGACGAGGUGGGCCACCGCGUCGACGUGCAGCUCUUGCAGAGCCUGCAGCUCGCGCAGCUUAGCGCGCAGGUGGGCGAUGCGGCCGUGGGGUCGCUGAAAGGCGAUAGCGCGAGUCGUGUGCGCCGCCGGGGCGCCGGCGUCGACUCCUACGCCAUGUCGUCGCUCUCCUCCCCGUCACGCGGGUCGACUGGGGCGACGCAAGUCGAAUACGAGACGGGGUCGACGCCCUCCACCGUGUCGUCCAUAUCGUACAUCGAGGACAGGGCGCUUUCUAUGAAUAGCGGCGGCGACGGUCUGGAGCCCGCGGAAGAGGAAGAAACAACAUCCAGAGCAGCAUCAGUAGGGGCAGCUCGUGCGAUAAGGGCACUCGAGGGGGACGAAGAGGCGAAGCGUAACGCGCUGUGCGCUGCAUGGCGGAGGGGCAUUGACAACAUGAUUGAGCUGGACGGUAUCUCCGCAGAGGGGCUCCGCCGUGCAACGGCUCUUUCCAGCACGAUGGUGGUGCGUGCUCACCGCGUCGCCUGCUGA